AUGGCAGACUUUCCAGAGCGCGACAUGGAGAAAAUCGCCAAGGGAUGGUCCAUUGCCAUGCUCUACUCCAAGGAGCGAUUGAAGCGGGUGCACGAUUGGGAGGGCGAGGAGCUGGAGCAGGCGAUCCGCGAAGGGCGGCUCGUUCUCGAGACGGUGUGUCUGUUUAUCCACGCCUGCGUCAAGCGUGGGCAAUACAAGCUGCCGUUCGAGUUUUGGCGGGUGCUGCACGCCGAGUAUGGCAUCGUCGUCUAUCCGUCGGCUCUGACGGAAGACAUUGAGGUGCAGGGGCUGGGAACGGACGUUACGUUUACGGAAGCGUACUACGGUCAUAUCAUCAUGCUCGGGGGCUGCUCGGGAUCGCACCCACCGCGAUGUCCGAUGGAGUUUAUUCAGGAACCUCCUCCGGUGUACCAGAAGUGA